GAGUGGGCGUGUCUCGGUGUGUCAUAGUGAACGCCUUGACUGCGGCUCUGCGGAGACACGGUGCUCAAGUGACCGACUACAGGCCCGUUAUUCACCGGCUCUCUAAUCUCCGCGUACGGCCGUUCGUGUGUGUACAGACCGACCAUGGCUCACUCCUCCCGGGGCUCUCUGUGCCUGCUGCUCCCGUUGCUGCUGCUGGGCCUCCUGCUGCCGCCUCACGGUGAGUCUUUGUCCCGCACGCCUCCCGCAAAUGUUCUGCCUUUGUGCCGCACUGAGAUUCAGGCCGGGUUAUAACGGUGCACCGGCCUGCGGGCACAGAGUGACCACAAUGAUGCUUAUUACACAUUUAUAUGGACAAAGGUGUAAAAAUGAUGAUUUUUCGCUCUGUAAGUAAAUUUGAGGGCUGAUCUGAUCCGUUUUUAUGUCCAUGUGCUCAAACGUGCAGAUUUUACUGAUGUGCAGCGGCUGUAAUUUAUUCAAUUAUGCAGCAUGUUGGUUGAAAUGAUUACAAAGAACUCUUUACAGUCAGUUUAAUGUGAGAUUUGAUGUUAUAGUCCAGGUUAUCUUCAUGCAGUGGCACCACCCCUCACCAUCUAACCUCUGUCUGCACCUCACUGCACGUGCCAUGCUUUUAAUGAUGUCACUCUCUCUGUCUGAUGCUCAUGGUGAUGAAGAGGAGGAGGAGGAAGAAUAAGUAAAGUUAGUCACUAAAACGUGAAUAUGUAAUGAAGUAAAAUGAUCUCAUCCUUCUGUUAAAGUGGGAUGAUCUCAGGGUGACAGUAAAUCCAGCUUGCUCAUGUCCAACUCUGAUUCAUCUCAAAUAGAGUUUUUACUGAGUAAACCUUUGGAGCUUUAGUUCAAUAUCAUUAAUCCAUUUAUUUAUCUGAACAUUAACAUACUGGUAGAUGUAAAUCAGUGAUGCAGAUUAUGCAAAUAAAAUUGUAAAUGAGUGAAUAAAUUAGUCUGGACAGACACUGAGGAGGAGGAGAGAAGUGGAAAAUUUUAUUAUGCUGUUGUGCAAUAGGAUGAACUUGUGUUACUUUUGUUCUGGGACUUCUUUUCUUUCCAAGAAGUACGAACCAAAUGAUGAUCAAUUCCACAUGUCUCCAUAGAGUUUUCUCACCACAUGCAUUUUCCUGUUUUAAGUUUGAUGACCAACUAAGAUGGCCUAUUUUGGUAUUGUCUGAUUACUGUUUCUGUGCAGGUUUAGCUGAACCCUAUUCUUCAUAUACCUCAGGUAGACAUUUGGGUUAGAACGGACCGUCCCCUCUUUCCUGUUAUAAGCAUACACUUACUGAGACUUCCCCCUUGAGGUUUGGUAACUCAGACUGUUAACACACUCUCUGUCGCAUUUUAUCCUCCCUUUGCAAAGACCUGAAAUAAAAUAUCCUUUAAUGAUUUUUGCUGUAAAACAGUUGCCCGGGACAGAGGUUGGUACAGUAUCGAAUCUGAACUGAAACCAUCCUGAAAUAUCUGUUCAUCUCUCUCACAGAUGGGAUUAUAUUUUACUGUUACAGUGACAAACACACACAAUUUAUAUCUAUAUAUCAAUAUAAAUAUAGAUAUAUUAUUUAUAGUAUAUGUUCUUCCUGUUCUCCUGUGUCUCUCGUCCGACUGCGUCCUCUUCUCUCUCCCCUGGGAUGAAUAAUAAAGUUUUUUUUCCUCUUAGGGUCAGUCCUCUCUUCCUGUCUCUACUCCCUGUCAUGGCUGAGGGAGUUUAAAGUUCUGCUUUUCUCUUCCUGUCAAAUCAUUUGUAUCUGCCAUAAACAGAGAUCUUUGGUCUAAUCCGAGCUUGUUUUAAAGUAACAGAGACUGACUUCACCUUUGUGUGUAUGUAUAUAGAAAACAGCCCCAUAGCGCCUCUUUAUAAAAAAUAAAAAAAAAAAUCAGGACAUUUUCAGGAGUGGUGUCUUUACAGUCUUCAGAGGUUCUGGUUCACACAUGUUCGUCACACCAGGAAGUCCUCUCUGCAGGACUGAGGGUCCGAUUAUACUAGAAUCUAGAUCAGUGGAUAAAGUCAACUAUUACUGUGUCCAGAUCAGUCUGUCACACAGGGACGGAACCACAGAGUGGAUCUUUGGAAAGAUCUUCUCUUUAGAAACUUUGAAGAGUUUUGGGGCCCAUCAGAGCAUCAUCAGGACCAACAUUCAGGACCUCCAACAGCUUGAAUCUGGCCAACAGAGAUGUGCAGGCUCACAAUAGAGAGACUAAAGAGGACUCAUGGACUCAGUUUUUAAGGCUGCCCAUGCUUCAGUCACUGUCUAAACCAAAAGAGUUACUGUGUUAUAAAAUCAGAGAAAUCAGCAGCUUUAAUGAGGAAAAUCAGAUUCUGAUCAAUCCGUCUCAGACCUACUUAAAGCUCCUGUCAGCAACUUUUGCAUUGGGUCAACUUUGGAGUGUCCUUGUAGAAGGAGGUUAUGUCUUCAGUGGACACUCUAUCCUCAACAAUAAAGACACAAAACAUCUAAAAACAAAACUUAUGCUUGGUCACAUGACUCCUCCUCCAGCCUGCGACAUGAGAACAACAUAGAGGAGAAGUGACACUCAGAGCAGACUGAGCCAAAGGAGCAGCUUGAUCCAGAGGAAACAGCCGAGUCUGGAGUUUGACAUGUUAGUUUCAAUUAAGACCACAUGGGGACACGUUUAUGUCACUGACUCUAAGACGUGUAUGGAGAACAGCCAGUUACUUACUCUGUGACGCCUCCUUUGUGAUCAGCUUUACCUAAACCGAACAGACGAUUCACAGUCACUAUCAUGAAAAAACAACAACCCAGCACACGCACACAUGCACAAACAAACAAUAGUUCAAAGUACUUUUGUUUUGAUGGUAGGCAGGAAGACCCCAGAGACAUGGAUCAGUGAUGAUCAGAAUAUUGGGCUCAGUAAGGCUUUUAUUUUGAAAGGUCACUGAUGUGGCUGGAAGUUUGAUUUGAGGUAAAGUGCUGAUUAGACAAUUAUUUACUCCACAGAGUUACAGAGCUCUGCAGAUGUUAAUGUUUGCGCACCAGGGUCUGUUUACAGACCAGUUUGUGUGUGUGUGUGUGUGUGUGUGUGUGUGUGUGUGUUUGUGUUUGUGUGUGUGUAAAUCAGCUAAGAGGAUUAACUCACAAUGAGUCGGUCUUUUGUUUGUGAGACUGAUCCAGAACCUCCGGCAGCACCUCUGAUCUGGUGUCAGGAGGCAGAGACAGAGUUCAUGGUUGAAGACUUCAGCAGAACUGAUGGAUCACAUGGACACCCAGGAGUGUCCCUGAUUGUGGGGUCUCAGAUUCUUAAAUCCUGACUUUGUCAGUCUUCUCAGAUCUUAGUCGUAAUUUUCAUGUGUGGUCAACAGACAGUUUAAACAGAGUAACACCUGCACAUGUUCCCGGUGCUCAGACUCUUUUCUUGCAGAGUUUCAGGAUCAGCAUGAACUGAUCCUCCCUGUGAACCCAACCCUCUUAGAUUUAAGUCUCUGUGCACAACUUGGGUCUUUUUUUUCCUAUCAACCUCCAACUCUAAACAGAAUAAUUCCCUCAGCCUUUCAAAAUAAAACAGCUCAUCAUUUGACCCCUUCAAAAGAAAAGAAGAUCACUUUACUUCUUUGAAAUGAAACCACAUUUGUAAUCACCUCCCCCUCUCUCUUCCUCCUCUUCUCCCUGCAGUUUUCUCUCAGGAUUUUGACCUGGCUGACGCUCUGGGUGGAGAUGAUAGCGUGCCCAGUGAGUAUUGAUCUGUUUACCUGUCAAAGGUCGUCUGGGUGUGCCACUUGAGCUCACCUUUGGCUUGAUGCCUUUCAACUGUUUUCAGAUUUAUAUGAUGUCCUUAGGCUUUGAAUGAUUAACUGACUUUUGGAUUAUAUUUAAAGACCUUUCACACAGGGUCCACUCUCUUAUGAUAUCAGAUUGAUAUAACAAUCAAAAUUAUUUUUCAACUUUCACUUCAGCAACUCCACCUGCAAAACCAGCAGCACCUGCAGCACCUGCAGGAGGAGCCGGAGGUGCAGGAGAAGGUAAGGACCAUACUGUGCUCAUGUCAUUUACUGUGUAAUCUCUCUAACAGACUUUAAUCUGUACUACUUUAAAAUCCCCCCCCCCCUCCUCCUGCUGUGCUCCUCCUUGUCCUGGGGUCCCUCAGGGGUCUAUCUUAGGUCCUCUCUGUUUCUCUGUUAACACGCCCCUCCUGGAGUAGAUCCAGCUAAAGCACAGUGUAGACUUUAUCUAAGACAUCUCAGACAAUGCUCAGCCCCAAACCACAUUAAAGCCUUGCUCUAGUCAGUACUUUUACCUGCUCAGGUGUGAUUUAAAUGGACUACUAUCCUUGUCCCAGUCUACAAGUUUAAGGUGAGAACCGAUUUACUGACAGACUGUGAACUGGAAGGUGAGACCAUAAAGGCUUUGGGAAGGACUGUUUUCUCAUGGACUUACACUAUGGUCUCCCCCCUGCUGGACGUAAGAGAGAGCGCAGGUUUAGUGAAUGUCUUUAAGUGCAGCUCUGUGAAUAUUCUCUGCAGAACUGGAUCUGGGGGACUUUUUUGACGAUGUAGUGACAACUAAAGCCCCACCCAAAGUGGUCCCUAAAGCUCCCACCAAAGCCCCUGUAAAGCCGAAACCCAAACCAGGUAAGACACACAACUUCACCUAAGGACUGUUGCUAGGUAACACAGAACACCAGACUGCCUGAGUAUAUGUUUUUCCCAGAUUUUAAUAAUCCUCCUCAGUUCAGUAUUUUUAAAUAACCUUUUCGUGUGAACCUGCAGCUUCAGAUCAGACUCUUCAGUUUAUAUGUUUUCACAUUACUAACAGUUUCCCGCUCGUUUAUACUACAGUCACCGGCUUGUUUGUAUAAUAUAACGACAAUUAUUCAGUUUCUUUGUGCUUGAUUAAUUUAUUUCUUUGUUCAAUUUUUAUGUGUUUUCUUUGCUUUUGCAUGACCCUUGACCUCCUCUCAGCUGCUGAUGACUUUGACCUGGCUGAUGCUUUGGACCCCAACAAUGACAUUGGUGGGAAGGAUAAGAACAAGGGGCAGGGAGGUGGGUGGUUGGAGAAGAAAUUUUUGACUGUAAUGUAAUAACUGAUUCGGAUAACUGGAUAUGGAUUCAAAGAGGUUUGUUAGUGUCUAACUGAUUGUAUAAUAAUGAUAAUAAUAAUAAUAAUUAUAACAAUAAUAAUAAUAAUCAUAAUCAUAAUCAUUAUAAUAAUUGAGGAGGUUAGGGAACUUUUUUAAUGACACCAAAUAUGUAUGAUGCCUGUUUUUUCAAGGUGAAAAUAAAAGAGAGGGGACUUGGUCUUAAUGUAAAAAAAUCUCAUAGUAAGGUCCCAGUUAUAGGUCAGAAAUAUUAAUAAAGGUUAAAGUCAUAAAAAAGAGAUAGAAAGUCAAAUUAAUGACAUAAAAAGUCAUAAAUAUGUGAAAAAAGUCCAAAUUAUGACAAGUCAUUUAUGAGAUAAAAGUCAAAACUCAUAGUAAGAUUUGAAAAGUCAAAAUUAUGUGAAAAUAAAAAUUAUAAUUAUGCAUUUAACACUCAAAGUUUGUCCUCAAAACUUACAACAACACGUUAAAAAGCCAUAGUUGUGGCAGACUUCAGGCCACCUAGUGUGGCACCAGGACAAUUAAAAAUGAAAUAGCUUACAAAACACUAACCCAAAAGAAAAUACAACAAAUGGCUCUAACACACCGGCCCCUAACUGUUCAUAGCAGCUGACAGUUAACUUAAACUUUCUCUCAAAGAGCCAUAAUGCUAUACCAUACAAUACUGUACCAAACUCAUAUUUUCAAAAUUCACCAAUAAUCUCAAAUUUGACUUAUAGCCUCUUGCCACGGACAACGCUCAGUAAUGGGUCUUUCCAAGAUAUUUGUCUUUGUUUGGAGACGCACAGAAUGUACACAGCCUCACAGGAUGUACUCAGUACUUUUCUAGCCACAAGCUUCCAAGAUCUAGAAGGAGCUCCAGAAUCAACCACCACAACAAUGUCUCCAGGAGUGAAAUUUCUUCUCCUUUGAGUCCAUUUUUGCCGCUCUUGAAGUAGAGGAAGGUACUCCUGAACCCAAAAGAUUUUAUAUGUACUGAACUUGCUUCCAUCUCCUCUUCAAUGGUUUGCAGAACUGCCCUGCUGUUACUGAUCCACUUCGCAUACCCAUUCUUGAUCAUAUCUGUGAAGAAGCUGGUGUAUUCCCUGUGAUCUACUUCAUGAACUUCCUCUUUAAUCCCAGCAACCUUUGCUUCACCACUGCAAAAUUAUUUGAAGGAGGGGGCUGAUCUUUCCUAAAGGGCAUUCUCAGGCUGUAGUGUCCACUGACUGUGAUGACUCAUUCAUGAUUUCCAGGAACCUGAUGUCCUCUGUAGAGUCCUUUCAUUGAAAUCAUGGUCGUAUUGAUUACUUAGCAUUUCCUCCAGUUUGCAUGCAGAGAUCCUAUUGCCAGUGGCCACUGACACUCCGGUUGGCUUACUGCUCUCUUCAUCUUUUAAAAGGAUCAAUAACUACCCAGCCCAGUACCGUUCUUACAGCAUAUGGGCCAUUCUCUUGACUGUUGACAACCUCCCAUGGCUCCAGGGUUACCAUCAUCAACCACAUCCUCAUUGUUUGUCAACCAAUUUUCAACCUCAGAAAUGACUCCCUUUUCUAGAAGUAUUUUUGCAGCAAACCAUGUUUCUUUUUUAUCCCUUUCUGCAUAAUUGGCAACAGUGUAUCAUGCACAUUUUUUGCUUAUUCGCACAAAUUGACAAUUUUUUCAAGUUCAGAUUCCCUUCAUUCACACUAUUGCUCUGCAUAUACUCUUGAAUUAUUUUUCUUAUUUGCUUUACCUUAUUUAAUGUAUCUUUUCUUGUGUUUUGUAGCUUUUCUACUUUUCAACUGGAGCCUUAUAAUUCCAUUUAAUUGAAGUUUUACUUUUUAUAGACUGUGUUUCAUUUUCAUUACGCGCACCCUGGGCCGCCGUAGCCGCAACAGGCUCCGCGUUAUUAUAACCGUCCAUAAUGUUCUUGUUUAGUACAUUAUGUUUCAUAAUGUGUGCCCAUUACAAACCCCACAGUUUUUCACAAAGUUCCAAUUAUUUUCAUGUCGAUAACGUUUAUUGUUAGCAAACAAUGCAUUGGGAUUACGCUUUUUUUUGUGCGCACACUCGAACAUGUCCAUAAAGUUGGUAGCGCUACACAUACCUCAUCGAAGCCGUUAGGCGCCUUUAAGUUGAACCAGUUGGCACUUUAUUUUGUGGGAUGAAUCACCUGAUGAUCCUGUCCUCUCACGAACCAAAAGAGAGCCUCCUAAAUCCCACGUUGCUUUUUCCUCCAUAGACCGAUUGCGUCCAUUUGCAUUCCAAUGUUCCACUUGAAGCGCAGUUUUUUGUUUCCCACGUGUAAAUGAAACAGUUCGCCCAAGUCACUUUUUCCUUGUUUAUUCUUCUUUUGUUAGAGAAACCAAUUGCAAAAUAAAGACAAUGGCAAAUUACAACAAAUGGCGACGACCAGAUGAUGAUGAUGGUCAAAAAAACUGUUUGCUUCUCCAGCUACCAACACACCUGCCAUUAAUUACGUCUUCUUCUAUUAACAGGGAACAAAACUCAGGACUUCACGCCACCUGGUGUGGCACCAGGACAAUGAAAUAGGUUACAAAUAAAAAAAACCCAAAAGAAAAAACAACAAAUGGCUCUAGAAAUAGUUGUGUGAAAAAGUCAUGUUUACAUUAUAAAAAUUGGUAUUUUAAAAACAAGUCUGAAAUGAUGGCUUCGUCACAAUUAUGCGAUUAAAAGCCCUGACUCAGUUCAAUGUAAAGUUUUUAAAAUUCAAUUAAUCAUAGAGAAAUAAGAGUAAAAGCUGCAGUGAAAUAAAGUUACGGUCAAACUGAGAAAUAAUAAAGAAACCAGACUUCGCCAAAAACUCGAUAAUGAAACUAAAGACUCUUUAAACACAGAGAAGCUACUGUCUGUUUUUAAAUCCUGCUCAUGGUCUUCCCUCUAAGAUUUAUGCGUCGAUUCUAAGUGUAGGGCUUUAGAUGGAAUUUCUUUUAGUCCAGAAACUGAAACUGUGAGGAUUUUAGAGAAACUGAAAUAGUUGAACUGCUCCCUCUGCAUGAGUCUGUUCAUUAUCGGGAAAGUCAUCUUUUCAUGUGUGGACUGUUUUUAUCUGAAAAAAGAGCUGGGAAUGUCCGUCACCACUAAGAGACCCCAGUCUGAAACAGUGAAGUGUGUUCAGUCUGUGUGAAACGUGCUCUUGUUUCCAGGGCAAUAAAAUGGACUCAGAGUCAGUGUGUGGAAUAAAGAGCUGUGUUGUUUGGAGCUUCAGAAGAUCUUAAUGAGACUCCUCCAGAGUCACGUCUGCUCUCUGAGGAAGCUCUUUGUUUCAUCUCUUACUCAUCCUCUCCUCUCAUUGUCUGGCACAGUGCUGCUGUUAUCUUCUGCACCACAGUCCCAUUAAGACCACUUCAGUCAGCGACAGCCAUCAUGAUCUUCACACAGUUAUAUUUGGUGGUUCGCCUCCGCUUUGAGAGCUCCUUCUGAGCUAAUGUUGGGAUGCCAAAGCCUGACUGGUAAAAAAACAUCUCCCCUGCAUUAUAUGUGCUGCAUCAGGAGCCCAUGUGGGGAGAGCAGCAGCAAAGACUCCUUGAAGAGCUCCCUGACUUUCCACUUGCUGUUUCAAAAGCAGAAGCCUGAGACAGGGAGAGCAAACUCCAGUCUGAGGCAGGAAAAGCAUCAGCAAAGACCUUUGAGAAGAACUUCUUGUCCUUCCAUGUGCAUAUGUGAGACGACCAUUUUAUUUACAUGCUUUACAAGCUGUGGUAGGGAGAGCAGCAGCAAAACCUGCAGGUACAGAACAAAGAAGGGCUACAGUUUGUGCCAAAAUAACCGAUCUGUACCAUUUUACUUUCUCUGCACCUUUCUAUCCAACCCUAAAGGGGUGGGGCUAAGGCGAACAAACUAAAGCGAACCUUGCUGGACCUCUUGGUAUAAAUGCACUGAGCAUCAUCACAGACAUUUAGGAUCAAACACCUACAGAGUUUCUUCUAUGAGCAGUUUGCUCUUGUGUUGUGGAGACGAGCUGUCAGCAUCUCCACUCUGUGCUGCACAGAACUCAGAGCUAUAGAGCCCAGGGAGCCAAAACCUGUUAACACACCUGAACUAGGUGAGGAGUUUAAAGUUGAGUGGAAAUAUGACGGCCCAGAUCCCCCCAGCAGACAGUGAAGACCUCAGAUUGGCAGUGAUACAGUUUAUUGUGCAUCAAACAAGCUGCAGCUGCUUUGUGAAUCAGCUGGUGUCUUAAUUUAUUUAAGAGACUUUGAGGCUUUACUAACAAACAAAAAAACAUUAAAUGAAUUUUAUUCUUUGGCUCUGAACAGAAACAAAACUGAGUUUAUAACUCUGACAAACCUUGAAGGAAUUAUUCAGACAGAAACAAAAUUUAACUGAAACCCACAAACACUAAAUACAUAAACAUGAUUAUAAUAUCAGAGUGAUCAAACCUCAGAAAUCUUCAGUCAGUCUUUUGUGUCUCCUGGACGACCUGAUGGAUGAUUAGAUGAUAAAUUUACUCCAUCAGCUGAUCGUCUCUUUCUCCAGCAGGUGGAUUGUCUGACAGCGACCUGUUCGAUUUGGGAAAAGAUGAUGGCUACACACCAGACAAAGGAAAAGGUGAUUUAUGAACUUUUAAAGCUUCAUUAUGUCCAGAUUUAAGGGACAGACUCUGAAGCAGGCACAGGUGUGGCCAGAUGUGUGAUUAAGUCCAAUGUGUGUGCGUGUGUUAAGGUGGACGUCCAAGUGGAGACAAAGAUCAGGUCGACCAGUAUGACAACAACAACGGUGAGUUUCUGUCAUUUACACACACAUGCACACACAAACACACACACACACACCCCUGUCUGAGAUCUCUGUUAAUGUGUGUGCGUGUGUGUGCAGAGACCACAGCAGAGGUGGGAACCAUUGCAGGUAUUGCCAGUGCGGUUGUCAUGGCGUUGGUGGGAGCAGUAAGCAGCUACAUCUCCUACCAGAAGAAGAAACUGUGCUUCGGGAUUCAACGUGAGUCAGACAACAAAUACACAACUCAGAGUUUAAAAUUAUGACUUAUAGUGCAAAGUCUUCCCCCACCCCAUCCCCUUCAUCCUCCUGCUCUCCUCUUCCUCAGUCAUAAGUGAACAUAUCUGAUGUCCGAUUGAGUGUUUCAGUGUUUGUGGUUUUGGUUCAGUUCCGGUCAGACUGCUUUAUGUCAGAACAGACCAAUCAGUUCCCGGAAGAGUGGGUCCUCAAAUCAGUGAUGGAUGGAGUUGGUAGUUUGAAGUGGAAGGAAAUUGUCAGUCUGUUGGCAGUAAAUGAUGUGAAACCUCAGAGCAUCUCUCAGUGAGCAGCUCCUCUCUACAGCAGAGCCUGAGGUUAUCAGGUUACUGAUGCCUCCGAAAUGUGGCAUUAGUCCUUUAAAUUACUCCUGACAGAGUUGGACUCCUCAUCAAACUUUAACAGCGUCUGAGGGUCUGAUCAGGUCUGAUUAAGUUUAACAGUAAAGUCUGAGGAAAAACUGGAGCAAACUUCUUCAUUCAGGAGAUUGUAGUCACAGAAUAAACAGCUCUGGAUCUAGAUCAGUCCAGAUCAGUAAGGUCACACAAUCAUCAUAACUGCCCCUGUCAGAGGUUUUUACCUUAAAUUCACUGACGAAAAACAGAUUUUACGGAAUUACAGGCUAAAGUUUGCUCCAUGAGAUUAAACAGAUUUAUCUGUUAGCCUCUAAUUGUGACGUAUAAAGCUACUGAUGGACAUGGCAGUGGUUAAAUUUGAGUGUCUGUAUUUCCUCAGAGUCUCUGAACACUGACAUGGUGAAGGCUGAGAACCCCGAGGCUGUGGUUGCCACAGAACCACAAGGUGAGCAUGAUUUUACUGCACCCAACAAGUUUUCAGUGACAAACAUUUCAUUACAAGUCUUAUUUUCCUCACUGCUCUGCCCGAACCUGCUGUCUAAUCAGGCUUUUAAAGGUGUUUAGCUUUGAUUGUUAUAUGAAUACACCUUUAGAAUAAAAGCACUGUGUGAAAACAAGGGGGGCAUCUCUGAGAGUCUGAAACUGUUAAAACUGACUUACAUAAAAAAAAAUAAGAAGUUAGUGCCACCUGGUUCACCUGUGUUACUUUGUUCACCUGUGUUACCUGUGUCACCUGUACUCACUCUGCUUUCUUUCCUGUCAGCUGAUUUUUCAUGUUUCUGUCCCUCCAGUUCAGCAGACCCUCCUGGAGCCCGCCAAUGCUGAACCCCCCACCGAGGAGAACCCUGUGUAAUGCAAAAAUACCCACCUGAACACACACACCUACACACAAUGAGUCCCAAACACCCCCACUUGAACCCCCUGCACACAAACACGUACACACACACAUGCAUACACACUCACACACACACACACACACACAGUCAUGCUACAGUACAGACAGUGUGGCCUGUUUUAUACCUGUGUUGAUCCUGCAGCUUUGUGCUGCGGAGGAUGAUGGGAUUUGUAGUUCUCUGAGCCGAAUGUGAACAGAAUUCCUCCUCAGCUGUAACCGUGGCCAACUGUGGGCGGGGCCUUGCCAAACUUUUGUGUAAAUAGUAAUUUAUUGUUUCCUGUUUGAACAGUACUGACAGAGCCUGCUUAGCGUUAGCCGGAGCGUCACGUAGCAUUUAGCUGUGGACAAAGACGUUUUUAGACUGGACACAUUAAAACCACUCAUUAAUAAUGUUUGUGAUGGAGGGAGGGUCCUGCAGGAGUCUCAUCAAGGCAAGUUUGGCAAGUAUAUUUGUAUAGUGCCAUUCAUAUACAAGGCAUUACAGAUGCAUGGAAAUAUAUUGGAAAUGAAAAAAGAGAUGAAAACAAUCUCAUUUACAGCCCAGAGAUCUGGGUUAGCUCUCUGACUAUAGUGUUUACAUGAGGGUAAAAAGACCAUUAGAUCCUGACCCUGCAGAGACCCUGUAGAGAUGCUCCUCACAGAGAGUUUCAAGAUCCUUUUCAUGAGCUGAAACUCGCCCACCGAGCUUUAGCUCUUUUUCUUUUGAAAGAAAGUUGUUUUACAAUCAGCAAUAUCUCAUAUCUGACUCUGAGGGAUUCAGCUGUUUCCCCCAUUUUUGAAUGAAUCGUAAAUGCUGCUUUUGUCGAUGCACAAUGAUCAAAAAGACGGACUGAAUCCUGGACUUGAAAGUCCGCUUUAUUUGCCUGAUUUUAUCCAAAGUCUUGUAGCAGCAUAUCCUGAUUAAAGGUGUGAUACUGUGAUUUAAAUGAGUGCUCAGCUGAAGCCUCUUAAUGUGGAAAAAACAUGUUACACUGAGAGCACCUGCUCACUGAGCUAAAGUGAAAUCAAAAGUCUGAAGCUAUUCAAAAAUCUGAGUUUCCUCCGAACUUUAAAAAGUUUUUUAAAUUCUACCUUUACUGAGGAGGAAAUCAUUCUUUAAACAUCCUCUCACCUGUGUGUUUUGACCUUAAAUAGACCCCAUGCAGACCUUAAAACGGUGAGAUAUCAUCUCAGAGGUGGACUUUUAACCGCUGUUUACAUCAUGAGCUCGUCGUCCUCGUUUCUUAAUGUACAGAGUUGCCUUAUUCACACCUUGAUCUUUUUGCAGUGUAGAAACAUAAGGCGUCCAAUCAUUUCUGUCUACUUACAACCUGUGACUUUUUAUAGUGUAAAUAGUCUGAUAUUUAAAAAAGUAGAAUAGUCUCUGUUUUUUCAGCUAGCCUUUAAUGACGAUGCCUAAUGAAAGAAGCCUGAAGAAGAUUGUGUUUUUUCCCAAAGUGUGCAAGCGUCUUUGUGAAAGACUGACGUUUUAACAGGAAAAGAGAAGAAACAAAAAACCCAUGAAGAUGGAGAUAAAUUCAGCCCCAUGAUUAAAAGCCAGUAAAUGCCAAAUGAGACUCUCAACACUUGAUGUAGCAUAAAAAAACGAAGCUAGCUAAACUUGUUAACUUUGAUUGAAGCUUAAGAGCACUUUUCUUUGUCUGUGACGUGAAUCUGAAAAAAGACGGAAAGUUUGAGGGUAGUUUGUUUGAGAAAAAGAGGCAGUUCAAAGGCUCAUGGAAAGGCAGUAAAUGUGUGAAAUGUGACUUUAAGAUACUUACAAGCUAAUAUUAUUCCUAUUCUGCUUCAUUGUGUUAGUAUUGAGUUGCCAGUGUGUACAGAAGAUCCCUGACUUUAUCCCUAUCCUAUAGUAGCUAUUUGAACUUUGCAUAACUGUGAGAUUUCCUGCAGGAGAUAGAAACCUGUGAGUCCUCCUUAAAAUACUCUGACUCAUUUUAGUGGCCAAACAUUUUUAAGCCCGAAGCACAAAAGAAUCAAUUAAAAAAUCCUGUGGAGUUUUCCUCUGAAGAAAUCCUGACUGAGAAGUCCCAAAAAUUGUAGUUCCCAAAGUGUCCACCAGAGGCUGGCCCCAAAAUUAGGUCAGCCUCCAUAGAGCCCCAUGUAAAAGAUUACACAGCAGUAAUUUACAUGUUUACUGCCUGAUACUGUCUGUUCAAGAACUCUCUGUCCCUGUCUUACGCCUGUCCAGUCCAAAAAUAUCGCUUAUCUCCAGAAAACUGAGAUGUGGACUAGACAAUAUGCUAAUGUUGUAAUUUUAAAGCCUGAGGCAGGGAGAGCAGCAGCAAAGACCUGCAGAGUACAGGACAGAGGAGGCAGGUUAAAAAUAGUGGUUAGCAGAGGAAGCAGAGAGUCGGCAGGCUUCAGAUGAUUAAAUCAAAAAUUUUCACAUCUGACAACAUUUGACAGCUGAUAUUGGCUGGAGUCAGGAUCAGCCAAUAUGCUGUGGGCUUAGAUCCACUUUAUGGCCUGCCUGAACUAGCACAAUGCUCACUUUGUGAAGCCCAGAGAAGAAAGUUCUAGGGCAGGUCUCCUUUAGUCUCCCUAGCUAACAGCCUGUCCAUCAAGUUGGCCACGCCCCUAAUUUUGAAUAUCUCUAAAACUGGUGAGUGAAAAGAUCCCAGAGACCCGAACAGUUGUAGUAUCAGGCUGUAAACACGAUCAUUUCUGCUGAGAAGAUGGACUUUUUGACAGCCUCUGGUGGACACUUGAAGAACUGCAGCUUCUAGUGCUUCACUUUCACUACCAUAGGUUGCAGCUUGCACAUCUCUUGGUAUGAUACUGCCACCUACUGUCCUUCAGUGGAGUAGCAUGAAGCUUUCAUUAGAGACGUGACAGCUCAAGCUCAGAGUCAAAGUUAUAAACUCCACAGAGCACCUUCAACCUGAUGACUGUCCUGAUAAUGAGCAUGUACUACAUGAAACAGUUAAAAGAAGAUUGAAUCAGAAACUCGCACUUUGAAAACUUUAUUCUUGAAAACUAAAUUUGGUCCCAGUUUCUACAGAUCCUCAGAAGUUUGCAGGACGACUUCUAAGUAAAGUCCUGUUAGUAGACCAAGACUUAAAGGAGUGAGGAGUGACCAUUCCCUGAAGGAUGGAGGGAUGUGGAGGUGUGGAUGGGUUUGCCCUGCCUCAGAGGUGAUUGAGAUUAAACUUGUUUUUUAAAAUCGUAGUUGUGUGCUUUAGCCGUGUAGAUGACGUUAGCCGCCGUCGUUAGCUGUAGGAUGUUGAAUAGUGUCAGGAGGAGAUGCUUUGGAGUUGUUUGGUUGUACAUAUCGUUGUGAGCAGUUCAGUGUUUGUUCUACUAGCAGAGCAUCAGCGUGCUCAGUAUUAAUCUCUUUAGAGUGUGUGUGUGCGUGCGCGUGUGUGUGUGUGUUUACACUCUUCACUCGCUCUUUUUACACUUUGUACCUGACUUAACUUUUGCUAAAAACUUUGCUGAACUUUUUGUAGAUAGUUAGAGCUUCCUGUGGAGUGAGCUUGUCCCGUGAUGCCAGUUGGACUUUUGGAGUCUGGAGUGAUGCUGAGUGAGAAACCUUUGAGCUGAGUCUGUAAUCCUUCACAGUUUCUUCAGGAUCUGUCGGACCAAACUGCUCUGAGAGCCAGACCCUGUGUGGAAGACUGACACCAUCCUGCAGCUAAAGCAAUGAUCAUGUCCUGUACUGGAGGGUCUUAUCAGUAAAUAUCACAGUCUGAGAAAACAGGGUUGCUGCUCACUGUUUAAAAUCAAAUAUGACAGAUUUAAGCCCAAACCAAGAAAAAUGAAGUUUUUGCACAGCAGAACAAACUGCCUAAAGCAGCUGUAUCCUAAAUUUAAAAGCUUUUAUGUGCCUUUUAAUCAACUUAUAAUCAUUUUUAUGAUAACCGUGAAUCGACUUGAAAUCCAGGAAAUACAUAAAAGAAUAACCAAAAACAUAGAACGUCCUUGAAUCGAUGACGUAUUGAGAUAUUCAGAUUCUAAAUUGAAGACGAUGAAUGAGUUAAAGUGACUUUUUGUGACUUAUUAGGGGUCUAUGUGAGCCCAAACUAGACUGUAGUGCCACUCUGCAGUUCAACAUCAGUCCACAUGAAGGAUGAGUCAAAAGAUUUUGAUGUAGAGGAUCCACGACCAGCGUUUACCCUCAGAUGGCCAAAAAAGGGGAUGAGACAUUUAAUGUUUUAGGACUGAUGUCCAUUUGAGCCGUGGUUCAGGGUCCUUUCCACUUGUCACCCCUGAUCUCCUCCUGAUUCGACUCCAAAGACAGCUGCAUCUGCAUGAGAGGAAACGAUAACUUGGGUCCUGUGGUUGGUUCUUGCCUUGGAUUGAUGUGGUCUCAGCUGGCUCUUGUAGCUGAGAAUAAACAUGGACGUUUACUGGUGCUGAUUGGAUUCUUGUUCUGUGGUUCCCUCGAGCCGAUGUAUUCCUCUUACAGAACACAGGGUUGCAGUUUUCUCUUAUGGAGGGUAAAGAAGGCGACCAGCACCAGUGACAUGAUCAAUGUAUGAUGAGUGAUGGUACCAUCGGCUCUGAGCCGUGUUUGACAGAACCGUCUGUGUCCGCACAGAGGGAAGGCGUGAAGGAUUCUGGACUCAGCUCUUGGAUUUGAUUGGAUGAAUCUCUCUUGUUGUCCCGUGUUAGUUCAGAUACCGAGGGAGGCGUUUGUGUUGUGUGAGCUGUAAACAGUGUUUGGGGCCUACAGAACAACAACAUGCUGCACAGUCCUACUUGAACACCACCUCUGGUCUCCGUUAUGUUGCCUUUGAAAAGCAACCGCUUCUUCAUAUGAUCCUGAAUGCCACUCCUUCUCUCAGAGUCCUGAAACUCGACUGCUGGUCUUUAGCUCAGAGGCAGCUGGUUAGGAGGAACAAUCUGACAGAUCUUAGUGCAACCAGCCCUGAAAAGAUCAGAAGUCAAAGCUGAACCCUCAAUAUUCUGUCUGUAGAACCUGAGGCUGCAGUUUUAUGACCACAAUUCUUGGACUGCAUCUCCAAGAUACGUAAUUGGUAGUGACAGUCAUUUUUUGGGGGUUAUGGUCAUGGUUAGACUCCAAAAGAGUUUCCCUAGACACUAUAAAUGUGGUUCAAGCAAGAACUAGGUCGUGCUGUCCCAUUCAGAAAGGGUCUUUAGUUGCGGUUCCAUGAAUUCAGUCUUGAAAUCUGCAGCUUACGGGUCUGCAGACACAAGCUACUCUCUCUGACUGUCUAGAGGCUGAUGGCGCUGAGCUGCCCUCUGUGCAGGUCUAAUGUCUGAGUGUUCAGGACAGUGAGUAGUUGGAGUGACGGAGGAUCUUCUCACCCUGUCAGAGCCCUGCAUGAAAAAACCUCUGUGCCCUGUCAGCUGAUCUGACAGAAAGGUGCUCCUCUCUUUGCCUUAUACCUGCACCGUCCCACAGGGACGCCCACUGAACUCAUCAAACACCUGUCGCUGCACCUGAGUUUAUGUCCCACCCUCCACCUUCAGCUCCUGUGGUAAUAACAGAAUUCAAACAUGGCUGAAUGUGAUGUCCACAUCAGCAGAAGCUGCAGGUAUCUGAUCAAAAGGGCCAUAAAAAAGAUCUUUGGGCUGAUGUAGAGCUGCAGAAAAGUUCCUGCCCUGCAAACAUUCCUCUUUAGUGAACAUGAAAAACAGGACGCCAUAUUUAAUCAGCCUGUCCUGAGAUUGGCUUAUGUAGUGCAGCCCUGGAGUAUUGGAGGACUGGAAGUUGAGGGUGUGGUCGGGCUCAGGCUAAGAGCUGAACUUCACAUAAAUCAAACACCAAACUACCAACCUUUCUGUUGAUGAAUGUACAAAAUACGAAGCAAAAACCUUUGGAUUGUAGCAAAAACACAAACUCACCAAAGACGCCGCACCGACUGAGAUUGACUUUUUAUUGGACUGUUUGUGGUAAACGAUGGAUCAGGCCUUAUAUCUGAAUGUUUGAUGGUGUAGAUGAUCACGUGAUGGAAGCAUGAAGGCUUAGGAGAGGAUGUUCUAAUGUCCUCGUGCACCUUAGGUGGUGGAACUGAUCACCUGUACAGUGUUCACUCGGAUACACUCAGUGUCAGCCACGAUUGGCACUUGGGAUGUUGAUGCUUCUCAUAGAUCCACUCUUUGGAAACUCCUCCAGGUUCAACACAGCCGUUACUGAAUGGGCAUGUGAAACUGGUUUUGGUUGUGGUGAUGGUCAAUGAUGUGGAGUUGGGGGGAGGGGCAGUCUGAAGGUUUGGGUAAUGCUUUAAAGGUCCAAAGAAACCACAUAUUACCACGCGGUAAAGUUCAGGUUCCUCUGAGGUCUGGACUGGCAGUGUUUUACUGACUCGCUAACAUUAAGGCUAACGGGACAGGAAGAUCUACAAUCAUCUUCACAUCCGAAAACCACAAAGCGUUAAGCUGCCUGGCUGGGGAGCUAGUUCAGACAUGUAGUUCUGACAUGACGUGGUGUUUAGUGUGAAAUACUAACCAGGAGUCCACAUUUGAUCUGGAGGCACUGGCAGAUUAAGAACUUCCUCCAUAAGUGGCAGCCAUCUUGUUUGCUUGCCUGGUGCUCUGUGAUUGGACAAACCCAAACAGAGGUAACUGGAAACCAGUGUUGCUCAGGUUUGCCCCUGUAUUACCCAUAAUGCCCCUCAGCAGUGGUGGCUUUGUUAGCUACCUGAAGCCUGUUUUUACCUGAGCCUGAGUUAAAGCAUCAGUGAUUGACAUAGCUAGCCUGUUAGCAUCUUUUUUAAAGCUGCCCUGUGGUCCAGACUUGAACCUGGACCUGAACUUUGAUCUCUUUGACAGUUGCGUGUGACUCUGUAGUCACAUGACCUGUGUUUAUUUCCUGUUGUACUCUCUUAACUUCCUGUCACUGUGAGGCACAAAGCCAGUUAGAAACUCGAGACCUCAGCGUCUGACCCGGAGUGAAGACCCUGAGCUGUGUGGGCCUGGCUCAUAUGUUGAGGGCGUGGCUCUGCAGGCUGCCUACAGCACAUACACACCUGGACUCUCCCCGUGUCGUCCUCACACUCUUUGAUGCAUGCUUUUCUCUGUAUUUGGACUCUGACGUCUGAAUGUCGGACUGUUUUCUCUGCUGGAGCUGUUGAUGAUCGUGACUCUGCUUCCUGUAUUUAAACAUGCUAAUACUCAUACUUGUUACUAAUACGAACCAAUAAAACUGUUUAAAAAGACAA